UUCUAGUUUAGUAAAUACUGGUCGAUCUAUUUUUGUAAUACUUAGAACAUCAGGUAAAACCUGUAUGGAAUACUUAAAAGUGAUAACUGUACGUUAUUGAAGCCAAAGCGAUUGUCAGGUUUGCGACAAGAUAUAAGACAUAUCCAGCAGCGCUAGGCUAGACGAAACUAUAAUCAUCAUAGCUGUGACGGGGUGAUGUGUACCUGGAGGAAAGCCGUUCAUAUGCCACAACCGUCUGUAUUUAUCUCUCGGUGUGGGUAAUUACUGAACACGAAGUUUAUGUAACGGCAUGUAUCUCGAAGGUUAAUGGUAGAAUGGCUAAUUAAAAGUAUAGACCAGAAUGCCUGGUCAUUUGUUUUCGCGUGAAUGUACCCGUGAUUAAGAUGCGUGCUUGAGUCUGGAAAACGGAAAUUGGGUAUUAGCCUCUCGCAAAUGCGUCGUUUCUGUGCUGGAUUGACGAUCGGGGCUCAGCGAUAAUUUCAUUUUUUGUGUAUAUAAUUAACUACUAUAUGAGCAUUAUGCGUGCAUAAUGGUGCAAUGCUAUGAGGCGCGUGUGUACCUUGUGUGCGGUGCUAAAAGAGUGUCAAGUUGAAAUGAAAUCGUGAAUCAGAGAUCCAUUCUGAAACAGCCUGGACUAUUUUGCAAAUGGAAACUUGAUGAACAUUAUUUUGAUCGUUUUUCAUAACAUUUUUAACGACCAAAGAUUUCCAUUUUAUACUUCGUAAACGGGAAUACUGUUGUUACUAAAGUAGUGCGCAUUUGUACAACUUUUAUGAAUAACAUUGUGACAUAAACAUGGAGGUUCGCGUCGUCGUUAUAGCAACCAUAGCGUUUUUGAUGGGCGUAUCUAUGGAGGAGGCAAAGGGUCAAGAUGAAGACUACUCCGAUCCAAUCAAAUGCUUUUAUUGCUUCGGACUUGCUGAAAACAGCUCCUGCGCCGACCCUGUGGAUCCCAAGGUCGAUAAGGACAAGUCCCUUCAAGUGAUCGAAUGCGAAAGCGGUAUCUGUCUGAAGUGGACACAUUAUUAUGAACGCCAACUAUAUAUGCACAGGACCUGCUCCCAUCGUCUGCCAGAUUUCAAAAUAAUCAUGAUCAAUGGCGUCUGCAGAUCGGAGCGAACUGGCAACGGAAACCUCUGUAUGUGCAGCAAGAAUUUGUGCAACGCCGCCGGAACAAACUAUAGUAAUCGCUGUGUGCUAUUGAUCCUAUUGUUGCCUGUUUUGAGACAGAUAUUUCAGGCCAAAAUAGAUUAACCGCUGUGACCCACAACUAUGCGGACUGUUUGAACAAUUGAACAAUUUCCAGGGCACUGAGUGCUCGGCCACCCUCCAGAAAUUAUCUGUCCACAUCAAUCAAACGUAUGCAAUUAAUUGUAUAAAUGCGAUGCCGCGUCGCCGAAACUCUUCGUUUUGAGUAUGUCAUAUCGUCAGAGUAAAUAAUUUGUAUUAAGACAUUUAAGACAUUUGUAUUCAUGUAAAUAAAAGAUGCUGAAAGACCUGAUCAGGUUCAUGAAGAAUGUUGACGAUUGCAUUAAAAAUAGCUACUUUUUAUACUGAGUAACAGCAACAGCAGGCUGGUCUGACGCUAAGCUUACCGUUCAUGACUUGAGACCAUCUUCCGACGCUGCAG